AUGUCCACCAUCAUCGUUGAAUCAAAAGAUGUAACAACGUUCAGUGUGACGGAGUUAAUGGGUUCUUUACUUGCCCAUGAGCACAAAUUCAGUAAGAAUGAAGAAAACAGAUCUUCUGAAACUGUUUUUCCUUCAAAGCAACAACAGAAAUCCUCAAACAAUAAGGGGAACAAUCAAAAGAAUCAAGAAGACUCCUUGUUUUAUGCACGACAAGCUUUCACCUCUAGUGGAAGCAAAGAUAAAUGGUUGGUUGACAGUGGGUGCACUUCUCACAUGAAAAAUGAUUCAAGCACAUUCAACAAGCUUGACUCUUCAAUCAAAUUUCCAGUUCGCAUGGGGAACAGAGUUGUGGUAAAGUCCACUGGAAAAGGCACGAUUGUUGUACAAACAAAGAAAUGUACAAAAUACAUUAAUGAUGUUCUCCUUGUUCUAGAUUUGAGUGAGAGUUUACAAAAGCUUUGUAAAUGUACUAUAAUGGGCCUAGAGAAAAAAGAGAUUUCAAAUUUCCCUAUGGAAAACAAAAGCUUUGCUUUGAAAUGGGAUUCUGCAGCAGAAGGAACACAUCUUACAGUGGGUUUUACACCUCAGCAAAAUGGAGUUUCUGAACAGAAAAACAGAACCAUUAUGGAGAUAGCUCGAUGCAUGCUAAUGGAGAAGAAUUUACCAAAGAAAUUUAGGACGGAAGCUGUGAGAACAACAUUAUAUAUGCUGAAUAGAUUGCUCACAAAGGCGACUCAAGAUAAAACUACGAUUAAAGCAUGGUUUGGAGGAAAACCAUCAGUGAAACACUUGAGAGUAUUUGGCUCAAUUUGCUAUGCUCAUAUUCCAGCUCAAAAGAAAAACAAACUAGAUGCAAAGACUGAAAGAGAAAUAUUUCUUGUCUAUGAUUCUCAAGCCAAAGGCUAUCGAAUUUUCAAUCUUGACACUGAGAAGAUCAUGAUCAGUAGAGAUGUGGAGUUUAAUAAAGAUGUAAACUAG